AAGAAUCCAGGACUUACCCUCUCUUUUGUUGUAUCCUAGGGUUCUGUUUAUAUAUAAUAUGAGGAAACGUUGAUGUUUCCGUGUCAAUAGUGGGUUGUGGUAUCUGUAUAUGCUCAUUCACCCUCCCUCUUCAUUAAUCUUGUUCAAUUUUGCUUCUUCUAGAUGUCAAAGCUCAAGCAAGAUGUAUUUGAUAAGGCACAUGAAAUGGCACUGGCUGCUACCACAAGAAAGAGGCCUACCCAGCGCUCCUAUAACGAUCUUGAUAAGGUUAAAAUCACCUCCAGGCCUACUGCACUGCAACUGCUGCACAUGUACAAGGAUAUCCACAACUUAUUUGUUAAACAUAGUGCUGCUUUGGUUCCCCGGAAUGUGUGUUUUGCACAGCCUGUGGGAGGAAUACCGUCAACGUUCAAAGAAGAGCUUCUUGAUGGAGUUCCUGUUGCAAUACCUUAUGAUAAGCAGAAUUUGUGCUUUUUUAUCAUUGAGGUUGUCAUUGACAAGGAUGUGGUUUUUCAAUUCCCAAUGCGUUUCGAUAGCAUGUACUGUUGUGGUUUCCGUGUUCUUGAGCUUGGUGAUGAUCCACUGGAAAAGAUCUGGUAUUCAUUCGGGAAAGUUCUAAUACUUCCGAACAGACUUUUCAAAAACAGGAAGAAAUCUGGUCUGUCAUUAGCUUAUAAUAACUUGUAA